CUUAGUGCGCCCUCCCAUUUAGACAUGCGCACUUGGAGCAAUUGUGGUCUCUCUCAUGUGCCUCACUGCGCAUGUGCGUUGCCAGGGGUAACCAAAGUGGCUGUUAGCGUGGCGUCUGUUGCUGAGGCGGGAAGGAGGAGGCCGAAGCAUAGCAAAAGCGGCUAUGAGGGCUGUGCUGACGUGGAGAGAUAAAGUGGAGCAGUGUAUCUAUGACCUUGCGUUUAAGCCCGAUGGAACUCAACUGAUUGUGGCUGCAGGAAACAGAUUACUGGUUUAUGAAACCUCUGAUGGCACCUUGAUUCAACCCCUCAAGGGACAUAAAGACACAGUGUACUGCGUGGCCUAUGCAAAGGAUGGUAAACGCUUUGCUUCUGGAUCAGCCGACAAAAGUGUCAUCAUCUGGACAUCAAAACUGGAAGGCAUCCUGAAAUAUUCGCACAAUGACUCCAUACAGUGUGUCUCCUACAAUCCUAUCACCCACCAGCUGGCUUCCUGCUCCUCCAGUGACUUUGGGCUGUGGUCCCCGGAGCAGAAGUCAGUCAACAAGCACAAGGCCAGCAGUAAGGUUACCUGCUGCAGCUGGACCAACGAUGGGCAGUACCUGGCUGUAGGGAUGAUGAACGGGGUCAUCAGCAUCCACAACAAGAAUGGUGAGGAGAAGGUGAAGAUUGAGCGGCCAGGGGGCUCUUUGUCCCCGAUAUGGUCCAUCUGCUGGAACCCCUCCAGCCAAUGGGAGAAUCCCUGGAUGAGCAGAGAGAGCGAGGAUGCUGAGGACAGCACCGACAGCAGAUAUUUUCAGGAACUCUCUUCCACUCUGAAGGCAGCAGUGUAUGGUAUUCAGGGUAGGGAGGCAGAGGAGGAGGAGCCCACCAACAAGGAUGACAACCUAGAGGAGCACAAUGACAUCCUGGCUGUAGCUGACUGGGGACAGAAACUUUCCUUCUACCAGCUAAGUGGGAAGCAGGUUGGGAAGGAUCGGCUGCUGAACUUUGACCCCUGUUGCAUUAGCUACUUCUCUAAAGGGGAGUAUAUUUUGCUGGGUGGGUCAGAUCGGCAGGUGUCCCUCUUUACCAAGGAUGGUGUGCGGCUUGGGACUAUUGGUGAGCAGAACUCUUGGGUGUGGACCUGCAGAGAGAAGCCUGAUUCCAACUAUGUGGUGACCGGUUGCCAGGAUGGCACCAUCGCUUUCUACCACCUGAUAUUCAGCACAGUCCAUGGGCUCUAUAAGGACCGAUAUGCCUACAGGGACAGCAUGACUGACGUCAUUGUGCAGCACCUCAUCACUGAGCAGAAAGUUCGGAUUAAAUGCAAAGAGCUUGUCAAGAAAAUUGCCAUUUAUAAGAAUCGAUUAGCUAUCCAGCUGCCAGAGAAGAUUCUCAUCUAUGAGCUAUAUUCUGAUGACUUAUCGGACAUGCGGUACCGGCUGAAGGAGAAGAUCCUCAAGAAGUUUGAGUGCAACCUGCUGGUGGUGUGUACCAACCACAUCGUCCUCUGCCAGGAGAAGCGGCUGCAGUGCCUGUCCUUCAGUGGUGGGAAGGAGCGUGAGUGGCAGAUGGAGUCCCUCAUCCGGUACAUCAAGGUGAUUGGUGGCCCACCAGGCAGAGAAGGGCUCCUGGUGGGCCUGAAGAACGGCCAGAUCCUGAAGAUCUUUGUGGACAGCCUGUUUGCCAUCGUCCUGCUGAAACAGGCCACGGCUGUGCGCUGCUUGGACAUAAGUGCCUACCGCAACAAGCUGGCAGUGGUAGACGAGAACGACACAUGCCUGGUGUACGACAUCCACACCAAGGAGCUGCUGUUCCAGGAACCUAAUGCCAACAGUGUGGCCUGGAACACACAAUGUGAGGACAUGCUCUGCUUCUCAGGCGGUGGCUACCUCAACAUCAAGGCCAGCAACUUCCCUGUGCACCAGCGGAAACUUCAGGGUUUUGUGGUUGGCUACAAUGGCUCCAAGAUCUUCUGCCUCCAUGCCUUCGCCAUGUCUGCCGUGGAGGUGCCACAGUCUGCCCCGAUGUACCAGUACCUGGACAGGAAGAUGUUCCGAGAAGCCCACCAGAUCGCCUGCUUGGGAGUGACUGAAGCAGACUGGCGUGAACUGGCCAUGGAGGCACUGGAAGGAUUAGAGUUUGAGACAGCAAAGAAGGCCUUUGCCAGAGUACAGGACCUGCGCUACCUGGAGCUCAUCAGCAGCAUCGAGGAGAGGAAGAAGCGGGGAGAGACCAACAGUGACCUAUUCCUGGCAGAUGUGUUCUCCUACCAGGGGAAGUUUCACGAGGCUGCCAAGCUGUACAAAAGGUGCGGGCGUGAGGACCUUGCACUCGCUAUGUACACUGACCUGCGCAUGUUUGAGUAUGCCAAGGAUUUCCUUGGAUCUGGAGACCCUAAAGAAACCAAGAUGCUGAUCACCAAGCAAGCGGACUGGGCCCGAAACAUCAAUGAGCCCAAAGCUGCGGUGGAGAUGUACCUUUCUGCUGGAGAGCACAUCAAAGCAGUGGAGAUCAGUGGUGACCUCGGCUGGGUAGAUAUGUUGAUUGACAUUGCCCGGAAGCUGGACAAGGCUGAGCGAGAGCCAUUGCUGCUGUGUGCACGCUACUUUAAGGAGCUGGACAGCCCCGGCUAUGCUGCUGAGACUUACCUGAAGCUUGGGGACCUCAAAGCCCUGGUACAGCUGCAUGUGGAGACCCAGCGCUGGGAUGAGGCCUUCGCUUUGGGCGAGAAGCACCCCGAGUUUAAGGAUGACAUCUACGUGCCUUAUGCCCAGUGGCUGGCAGAGAAUGACCGCUUUGAGGAAGCCCAGAAAGCGUUCCAUAAGGCUGGGCGGCAGGGCGAGGCAGUCCAGGUGCUGGAGCAACUCACACACAAUGCAGUGGUGGAGAACAGGUUCAGCGACGCUGCCUACUACUACUGGAUGCUGUCCAUGCAGUGCCUGGAGAUCGCGCAGGACCCCACCCAGAAGGACGCCAUGCUGGACAAGUUCCAUCACUUCCAGCACCUGGCCGAGCUAUACCAUGGCUACCACGCCAUCCACAGGUUUACGGAGGAACCAUUCAGUUCCCACCUUCCCGAGACGCUGUUCAACAUCUCCAGGUUCCUGCUGAACAGCCUGACCAAAGACACGCCCCCGGGCAUCUCUAAAGUGAACACACUGUACACACUGGCCAAGCAGAGCAAGGCCCUGGGUGCCUACAAGCUGGCCUGGUAUGCCUAUGACAAGCUGCAGGGCCUGCGGAUUCCUGCCAAGUUCCAGAAGUCCAUUGAGCUGGGCAGCUUGACCAUCCGAUCCAAGCCCUUCCAUGACAGUGAGGAGCUGGUGCCCCUGUGCUACCGCUGCUCCACCAACAACCCGCUGCUCAACAGCCUGGGCAAUGUGUGUGUCAACUGCCGCCAGCCCUUCAUCUUCUCCGCCUCUUCCUAUGAGGUGCUGCAUCUGGUAGAGUUCCAGCUGGAGGAGGGCAUCAGUGAUGAAGAAGCCGUGGCCCUCAUUGACCUGGAGGCACCGCGGCACCAGCGUGAGGACAGGUGGCAGGAGGUGGCCAGCGGUGAUUCCCAGACUCUGAGGCUGGAUGAGACCAUGAACCCUUCUGGGGAUGAUCCAUUCACAGCCAAGCUGAGCUUUGAACAGGGUGGGUCGGAGUUCGUCCCCGUGGUGGUAGGUCGUGCAGUGCUACGCUCCAUGAGCCGCCGGGAUGUGCUUGUCAAACGCUGGCCCCCACCCCUGCGCUGGCAGUACUUCCGUUCACUGCUGCCCGAUGCCGCCAUCACCAUGUGCCCCUCCUGCUUUCAGAUGUUCCACUCCGAGGACUACGAGCUGCUUGUGCUUCAGCACAGCUGCUGUCCCUACUGUCGCCGGCGCAUUGAUGACCGGGCCCGAGACAGGGCUGACAGUGACCCCACUGCCUCCUGGAGAUUGCCAGGAGCCAGCAACGAAGGCUGUCCUGGCGUGGCCUGUGCUCCAGCCCCUGAUUGCCACAAUAAUGACAAAUAAAGGACUACUUAUUUUC